CCUCUGUCUCCUGGGUUCAAGCAAUUCUCCUGCCUCAGCCUCCUGAGUAGCUGGGACUAAAGGGAUGCUGCGGUUAUCUGGGGGUCCACUCUACACCCUGGUUGCCUCAGUUUUUCCUGUACUUGGAGGUAUCAGCAGUGAAUGCUAUGAAACAGCAAAGAUGGCAGCCUGCCCCUUCCUCUGGAAGCUCCAUCCCAGGGCGGUACUGUCCUGUUGCCAGCAUGAACACACGAUUGUGAAGAUGGAAAGGGUCCAACCCCUGGAAGAGAUUGUGGGAAAUGCAGCCAGGCCAAGAUUCGAGAGGAACAAGCUAUUGCUGGUGGCCUCUGUAAUUCAGGGGCUGGGGCUGCUCCUGUGCUUCACCUACAUCUGCCUGCACUUCUCUGCUCUUCAGGUAUCACAUCAGUAUCCUCGAAUUCAAAGUAUCAAAGUACAAUUUACCGAAUAUAAGAAGGAGGAGGGUUUCAUCCUCACUUCACAAAAGGAGGAUGAAAUCAUGAAGGUGCAGAACAACUCAGUUAUCAUCAACUGUGAUGGGUUUUAUCUCAUCUCCCUGAAGGGCUACUUCUCCCAGGAAGUCAACAUCAGCCUUCAUUACCAGAAGGAUGAGGAGCCCCUCUUCCAACUGAAGAAGGUCAGGUCUGUCAACUCCUUGAUGGUGGCUUCUCUGACUUACAAAGACAAAGUCUACUUGAAUGUGACCACUGACAAUCUCUCCCUGGAUGACUUCCAUGUGAAUGGUGGAGAACUGAUUCUUAUCCAUCAAAAUCCUGGUGAAUUCUGUGUCCUCUGAGGGGCUGAGGGCAACGUCUAAAACCAGGCACCAGCAUGAACACCAAGUUGGGGGUGGACAGGACAUGGAUUCUUCAUUGCAAGUGAAGGAGCCUCCCAGCUCAGCCACAUGGGAUGUGACAAGAAGCAGAUCCCGGCCCUCCCGCCCCCCACCCCUCAGGGAUAUUUAAAACUUAUUUUAUAUGCCGCUUAAUCUUAUUUAUCCUUAUAUUUUCUAAAUUGCCUAGCCCUCACACCCCAAGAUUGCCUUGAGCCUACUAGGCACCUUUGUGAGAAAGAAAAAAUAGAUGCCUCUUCUUCAAGACGCAUUGUUUCUAUUGGUCAGGCAAUUGUCAUAAUAAACUUAUGUCACUGAAAACGGUACCUGACUACCAUUUGCUGGAAAUUUGACAUGUGUGUGGCAUUAUCAAAAUGAAGAGGAGCAAGGAGUGAAGGAGUGGGAUUAUGAAUCUGCCAAAGGUGGUAUGAACCAACCCCUGGAAGCCAAAGCGGCCUCUCCAAGGUUGAAUUGGUUUCAGUUUGUAUAUUGCCUAAAUUUAAACUUUUUCGUUUGGUGGGGGUUCAAAAGAAGAAUCAGCUUGUGAAAAAUCAGGACUUGAAGAGAGCCGUCUAAGAAAUACCACGAGCUUUUUUUCUUUACCAUUUUGCUUUCCCAGUCUCCAAACAUAGUUAAUAGAAAUUUCCCUUCAAAGAACUGUCCGGGGAUGUGAUGCUGUGAAGAAUCUAAUCAGUGACUUAAGAGAGAUUUUCUUCUAUACAGGGAGAGUGAGCUAACUUAUUGUGAAGGGUUAGCUUUACUGUACAGGAUAGCAGGGAACUGGACAUCUCAGGGUAAAAGUCAGUACAGAUUUUAAUAGUCUGGGGAAGAAAACACAUUCUUUGCCACAGACAGGCAAAGCAACACAUGCUCAUCUUCCUGCCUAUGCUGAGAUACACACUCAGCUCCAUGUCUUUUGCACACAUACACAUUACUGGUUUCAAGAAAUGAGGUGAUCCUAUUAUCAAAUUCAAUUUGAUGUCAAAUAGCACUAAGAAGUUAUUGUGCCUUAUGAAAAAUAAUGAUCUCUGUCUAGAAAUACCAUAGACCACAUAUAGUCUCACAUUGAUAACUGAAACUAGAAGGGUCUAUAAUCAGCCAAUGCCAGGGCUUCAGUGGAAUAGGAUCCCCUUAUGUUUAGUUGAAAUGUCCCCUUGACUUGAUAUAAUGUGUUAUGCUUAUGAUGCUGUGGAUAAUCUGAUUUUUCAUGUCAACUUUCCAGAUGAUUUGUAACUUCUCUGUGCCAAAAGUUUUACAAACAUAAAUUUUUGAGAUAUAUAUUUUUAAAUUGUAGCAAAUGUUUCCCUCACAUUUUAAAUAGAGGAUACAACAUAUCACAGAAUCUUUCUGGAUGAUUCUGUGUUAUCAAGGACUUGUACUGUGCUAUAGUUAUCUCUAGAAUCUCCAGAAAGGUGGAGGGCUGUUCGCCCUUACACUAAAUGGUCUCAGUUGGAUUUUUUUUCCCCCUGUUUUCUAUUUCCUCUUAAGUAUAUCUUCAACUAUAUUCCCAUCCCUCUAUUUUAAUCUGUUAUGAAGGAAGGUAAAUAAAAUGCUAAGUAGAAGAAAUUGUAUGUAAGGUAAGAGGAAUCAAGUUCUGAGUGACUGCCAGGGCACUCACAGAAUUAUAAUCAUAGCUAAAUAUUUAUGGAGGGCCUACUGUGGACCAGGCACUGGGCUAAAUACUUAUAUUUACAAGAAUCAUUCUGAGACAGAUAUUCAGUGAUAUCUGGCUUCACUACUCAGAAGAUUGUGUGUGUGUGUGUGUGUGUGUGUAGUUUACUUUUUGUUAUUGACAAUGUUCUGCAAAAUUGCAGUUACUCAGUGAGUUAUAUCCAACAAAGUAAAUGUUUAUGACUAUAGGUAAUAUUUAAGAAAAUGCCUGGUUCAUUUUUUAAGUUUGGAAUUUUUGUCUAUAUUUCUCAUGGAUGUGCAGUGCACAUGCCAGGCCUAAAUAUAACUGUCGUGUGCGUUGUUUGUGCUUGAUGUCAUGGUCCCCUCUUAUAGGUGCUCACUCCCUUUGGGUGCACCUGGCCGGCUCUUCCCAUGCUGGCCUCUUCAACCACACAGGGAUAUUUCUGCUAUGCACCAGCCUCACUCUACCUUCCUUCCAUCAAAAAUAUGUGUUGUGUGUCUCAGUCCUUUUAAGUCAUGUCCUUCACAGGGAGAAUUACCCCUUCUAUAUACAUGGCAGAGUUUUGUGGAAAGAGAAUUGAAUGAAAAGUCACAAGAUCAGAAUUUUAAAUUUGACUUAGCCACUAACUAGCCAAGUAACCUGGGGAAAGUCAUUUCCCAUUUCUGGGUCUUGCUUUUCUUUCUGUUAAAUGAGAGGAAUGUUAAAUAUCUAACAGUUUAGAAUCUUAUGCUUACAGUGUUAGCUGUGAAUGCACAUAUUAAAUGUCUAUGUUCUUGUUACUAUGAGUUAAUGAGUCUAACCUUCUCCUUUACUAUGUUGAAUGUAUUUUUUUUCCGGACAAGCUUAGAUCUUCCCUCAGACAUCUUUGUGAGUCCUUCAAGAGCAGUUAUCAAUUGUUACUUAGAGAUUUUCUAUUUAGAAAAUGCUUAAGGGAUUCCAAUCCCGAUCCAAAUAAUAAUUUGUUCUUAAGUAUACUGGGCAGGUCCCCUAUUUUAAGCCAUAAUUUUGUAUUUAGUGCUUUCCUGGCUCUCAGAGAGUAUUAAUAUUGAUAUUAAUAAUAUAGCUAAUAGUAAUAUUGCUAUUUACAUGGAAACAAAUAAAAGAUCUCAGAAUUCACUA